AUGCCUGAAGUAGCGAAGCCAGCGCCCAAAAAGGGCUCCAAGAAAGCGGUGGCGAAGGCCCCCGGCAAGGGCGGAAAGAAGAGGAGAAAGUCAAGGAAGGAGAGCUACGCCAUCUACGUGUACAAGGUGCUGAAGCAGGUCCACCCCGACACUGGGAUUUCCUCCAAGGCCAUGGGCAUCAUGAACUCCUUCGUGAGCGACAUCUUCGAGCGCAUCGCCGGUGAGGCCUCUCGUCUGGCUCAUUACAACAAGCGCUCCACCAUUACCUCCAGGGAGAUUCAGACCGCCGUCCGCCUGCUGCUGCCCGGGGAGCUGGCCAAACACGCCGUGUCUGAGGGCACCAAGGCAGUGACCAAGUACACCAGCUCCAAGUAAACAACUUUGCGGAGACAUCAAACCAACGGCUCUUUUAAGAGCCACACACUUUCUCUAUGGAGACAAACUGUCCUGACUCUAACGAGAUGUUCAUCAAAAUGGAAACAGCCUCUCUUUACUAAUAUUGUAACCUUGAUGAAUUCAAUUGAAGAGGAUACGCCUAUUGAAUACAUCCUGCAUAACCUCUAGAAUUGAAAAUAGUUUCUUUCAAAUCCAAUUGCACUUUUCUACUGCAGGACGUGUUGUCCUCUCUCUCAAAUCAGUGAUCUGCCACAUCCUCUUCAGCUGCUAUGAUAUCAUUGAUAAUUUGACCAUGGCCCUAAUCUCCUGAGGUUAACUUGUGUUGUUGCCGACACAUGACUGUGACUUUAAGGUCAGAGGAAUCCUUUUUUUUUAAAGCAGUAUUAUCAAUUAUCAAUCUUGACAAAUAUACUGUGUGUGCUUACUACUCUGUGAAUAUUGGGCAACCUUGAGCGAAAAACCAAACCAAUGUUAUUAUUUUUCCCUUAGCCCUCCUGUUGUCCUCAAAUUGUAAUUAUUAUAGUUUUAAACAAAAAUAUAUAUUGGAAAAUUAUAACUCAAGUGUACAUUUCAAGUGUUUUUAUUCCCCCCUGAGGUAAUGCAUAAAUAAGGUAUUUUUGAAUGGUUCAAAUAACAUGUUUACAUGCUACUAUUUACCCACACCAAUCUACACAAACACUUUCACAUACUGCACAUGUGUGUACAU